AUGCCUGAAAAGAUCCAGAGGACCACCCCAAACGUCAAGGUGGCUUCCGGUUCGGGUUUUGGGGCAUCGUCUGGUGCCUCGUUUGCGAAUCUCACCGCAUCGAUCCUCAGGCUCCCGGCGACUCUGCAGCCCUUCUUGGACAGCGCCGUCGAACAUCUGUCUGGUGCGACCGAGUAUCUUCAGUCGGCGACCGGCGUCUCCCCGACCGUGCUCUACACCACAGCUGCCGGCGCACUGUUACUUCUCGGGGCCAUUCCCGCCGUCACGGCACGAAACUCCCAAAAGAAGACCAAGAACACGCCAGGGAAGGGAGAAAAGAUGUCUCGAUAUGGCUGGUCGACCCGCGCGGGUGGCCUAUCGCCUUUCAACUCGGCCCUUGGUCAAGGAGACAUUCCCGCUGUAACGGACGAAGAUUACAGCUAUAUCACGUCAGAGGAUCUCCAGAAUCAUGGCGUCGACAACCCCCCUUCCUACGAAAGCCAUUAUGCGCCCUCGUCCGACCGCUACGCUGGCCAUGCCCAUCCCCCAACGGCACCGCGUUAUCAACCCGAGGACGACGUCAUGUUGAUCAAGCACAGAGGCAUCACGUUUCCAGAGCAUUUUCCAGCCUACUCGAUUGGCGACGGAAAACUCUUGGUGGGCGAUGUAAAGGUACGGGCCAAAAUAAUCUUGGAUGUCCCCGACAGCCAGGCCAAAGGAAUGCGCCUACUUUACAAGGGCCAGUUGCUUAGUGAUCCAGACGCUCCCAUCCGGGACUAUGGCGUCAAGGAUAACAGCGAAGUCGUGGUUGUUCUUGGGGAGGGCGGAACUGACAGUAGCGGUGAGAGCUCUCACAGCGAGGAGGUCGUCGUGGUAGGGCGGGAUGGACGGGAAGACCACGGCGCCAGAAAGCCCGGAAAGAAGCGAAGAGGGCGACAGCCUGUCAACCAUAGCCCCCGAGAGAGUGGGCCGAGUUUUAGCCUGGAGGUGCCGCGAGAUGAUGGGAGGAGACGCGCUCUGUCGAGAGUCCGAACGCAGUCCCCGAAACCAGCACCGGCACCGGAGCCACUGCCGGCGCCAGAGCCCGCCGUUGCGAGGUCCAGCGGAAUCACCAUCCCCGCCCCACCGGGAAGCGCAAUGGACAAACUAAACCAGAUCGCAAGCCGUUUCGACAAGGAACUACUCCCGCUUUGCAAGGAAUUUAUCGCAAACCCGCCCUCAGAUCCAAAGAAACGAACAAUGGAGCAUCGGAAGCUGGCAGAAGUAAUCAUGCAGCAAGUCCUCCUAAAGCUUGACGAGGUCGAGACGGCAGGAGAGGAAGGAGCACGUCAAAGAAGAAAGGAUCUAGUCAAGGAGGUUCAGGCCGACUUGAAGAGCAUCGACGACGUUUCCAAAGCUUGA